AUGGGCAAGUAUCUCGGUCUCCAUACUGCCAGGAAGUGCCGUAGCCACCUAGGAGAUCAGAAGCGGCAUGGUAAACAGUACAGGGAAGCCCAUCUGGGCACAGCCCUGAAGGCCAAUGCUUUUGGAGGUGCUUCCCACGCAAAGGAAAUUGUGCUGGAAAAAAUAGGGGCUGAAGCCAAACAGCCAAAUUCUGCCAUCAGGAAGUGUGACAGGGUCCAGCUGGUUGAGAAUGGCCAAAAAAUCACAGCCUUUGUGCCCAAUGAUAGUUGUUUGAAUUUUACGGAGGAAAAUGAUGAUGUUCCUGUUGGUGGAUUUGGUCACAAAGGUCAUGCGAUCAGUGACAUUCCUGGAUUUGGCUCUAACAUUGUCAGAACAGCCAGGGUCUCUCUUGUGACUUUAUACAAGAGCAAGAAGGAAAGACCAAGAUCAUAAGUUUUGAUGGUGAAAAAUGACAAUAAUAAAUUUUCAAAU